AUGAAUAUACCAAACAACGCAGAAAGAAUUGGAAGAAGUAACAAUAAUAACAACGGAAUAAAUAUCCAGGGGAACGAGAAUAAUAACUUUCUCGUAAAUGAUGAUGGUAUGUUCAUCGAUGAUAAUAAUAUAUUAGAAGAUGAAUGUAUUACUCCAAAAGACGAUGAAGAAAAUAUAAAUUCAAGAAGAAAAAGAACUGAUAGAUUAAAUAGAAGCGAAAAUAAAAAUAUGGCGAAUGAAAGACGUGAAUCACAAAAUGUUAGUGGAUCCAAUUUAGGUCGUGGUUUGAACAUGUCGCAUGCUCAGAAUUCCCAUGAGCAGUACAUUAAUAGGCAUGAGGAAGGAAGCAAUUCUAGUGUUUUCAUAAACGGAGCUCCAUCAGAAUGUGCAUUACCAGGCAGCGCACAUUCAAAUAGCGCACAUUCAAAUAACGCACAUUCAAAUAACGCACUCCCAAAUAGUGCACUCCCGAAUAGUGCACUCCCGAAUAGUGCACUUCCAAAUAGUGCAUUCCCAAAUAGUGCACUUCCAAAUAGUGCAUUCCCAAAUAGUGCAUUCCCAAAUAAUGCACUUCCAAAUAAUGCACUUCCAAAUAGUGCAAUCCCAAACAGCACAACGCAGACCAUAGCGAGUAACCUUGAAAAUAACAUCUUCCUCUUUAACGGUGAUAACAUCCAAAUGGGUUAUGAUAGGACUAUGAACAGAGGAAUUCAAGUGAAUACUGGAUUUCCCGUGCAGAACAAUCCCAAUGGAAUAGAUUACUUGAAUCAAAAUUUAGUUGGAAAUAAUGGAGGCAUGGGUAUGAUGAGUGUAGACAUUGGUGUAGGAGCAAAUGUAGCCUCAUACGUAGCAGCACGAGAAUGUGAAAAUCAGAAGAACGACACAAAUAUUAGCAAUGGGGGAACAAGAGAUAACUUAUUUGUUAAUGAAUCUAGCAAUUACUUUAUGCAGAACGUAAUUCACGCGGAGAGUAACCAUGCGGAUGAAGUGGGAGAUGGUAGGGAAGAAAGGGAAGAACAAAAUGAUGAGAGGGAAAGACAGUUUGAAGAAAUGAAUAGAAUAAUCGAAGAGAACGAAUCGGAGCCAUCAAAUGAAGAUUCUGAGCGAGGAGAAGUUAGAACAGGUGAAAAUAUGAAAAAGAAAGAUGAUGAAAUAGAAAGAAACAUUUUACAUGCAGUUGAAAGCAUAUCACCAAAUGACGACCUUGCAGUAGAAUCAAUACUGAACAACGAAAAUCAGUUCGAGCAUAUUUCUCAUUUGAAUACAUUAAAUAGUGUAAUAGGAGGAGCAGGAGGAGGAGUAGUACCAUUAUCAUCUACUGGAGGAUUAACACUAGAAAAUUUCAUUCAAUCCUUAAAAAGAGAAUUGACAUGUCCCAUAUGUUUGGAUUAUUUCUACCUUCCUGUUACAAUGAAUUGUGGACACACUUUUUGUAGAUAUUGUAUAGGACAUAACAAAUUGAAUGGAAAAAAUUGUCCUUUGUGUAGACAAGCAUUGGGCCAUACUGUAUGUAUUAACACUAUAAUUUCAAAUUUAGUUCGUAUAUACAACUUGAGAAGGAAAUGUAUUAAGGUGUACAAAUCAAUCGAAAUUGUAAACACUGUAGAUGAAAUGUGGUGGAAUGAGAAUUUUAUAAAAGCACAAGUUAGUGUACCAUUAUUUUUACGUAUUUUCCUAGGAGACAUGAUAUCUGUACCAGUAUUUUUUGAUGACUUAACUGCAUGUAUUGUUGAUUUUUUUACUGCUAAUAAUUUAUGGUCUAAAGCAAAGUGGGUAUUUAAUAUUAAUGAUUGUAAAAUAUUUAGCGAACUUAUUGGGUACGAUAAGGAUAAUAAAGAAAUGACAAAUGAUAGAUUACAUGCUUGGGUUGAAAACUACAUUACACAUAAUCCAUCUAUGUGUAUAAGAAAAGAUGAACAAAUUAUUUUAAAAAUAAUUCAAGACAGAACACACAAAAUUGAUAGCCAAUUAUUUGAUUCAUCUACCUUACCAAAUAGAUUACCAUGGGAUGGUGGAAGACAUGUUAAGAGUUUAAUUCACAUGCCACAUUCCUCUGUUUCAUUAUCUCAUUUGAUAUUUGUGAAAGCAGAAAAUGAAAACAUUGGUGUUGUUGAUUGUGGAUCAACAAUAGGAACAAUGAUAAAAGUUAACAACAAUCAUGUAUUAAAAGAAGGUGAUAUUAUACAUAUUGGUGACAGACUUGAAGUUACGGUGUCGAUUGAUAAGAAUACUGCUGGAAUGCCAUAUAAAGGAUAUGUAUGGGAUAAGAAAUCAAAUAAAGUAUUAGAUAGACAUGAAUUAAAGGAACUAAUGAAAGAAAAAGAUAAGGAAGGAGAAGCAGCAGUAGAAGAAGAUGAAGAAGAAGGGGAAAGAAAAAAAAAAGGAGGAGAGAAUGAAAAUUGUGGAACAAAUGAAAAAGAGGAAGUGACAGAAGAAUCACGAAUGGAAAACAGAUCUGAAUAUAGAAUUGAUAAUAGAUCAGAACAAAUGGUAGAACAGAGAGGAGAAAAUCAAGAAAAUUUUAUCAACAUAACUGAAGAAAACAUUCCAUCGCAUUGUGAAAUUAUUGAAUCCAAUUUAUUAAUAAAAUUCGAUUUUGGUAGUGUAAAAGAUGAAAUUACUUUGAAAACAGAAUAUAUCGAUCCCAAGGGUGUAGUCUUAGGCAGAGGUCCAUAUGCUCAAUCUAGCUAUAAAAAACUUUCAGUUACCAAUUCGAAUGGUUAUGUAUCUAGAGAACACUGUUUAAUAUACUAUGAUGGAACAAAGCCAAUAGGAGAAAGAUGGUUAUUAAGAGACACUAGCACUUUAGGAACAUUCUUGAAAAUUCCAUCCUUUUCAGAACCCGUUCCAUUGCCUGUGGGUACUAUUUUUAAAGCUGGACAAUGCAAAAUUGAAGUUUGCUCUCGUGAGAAUUCUCAACAUUCGCAAAAUCCAGCAAGAUCAUUUUCGUUACUGAAUACGAACAAUCGUCCAAAUUUAGGACAUAACCAUGAUGAUUCAAGAAACAAUGGCAAUGGUAGUAACAAUUCUAACAAUCACAACAAUGGCAAUGGAAGAGGAGGAGGGGGAGGAGGUUAUGGAAACGAAGGAGGAAGUGGUCAAGGUAGUAGCAGUAGUAACCAUUACAAUAAUAAUAGUGGGCAUUAUUAUAACAAUAAUGGAAAUCAUUUUCUCAAUCAGGGCAACCAUGCUCUCAUGAGUGAAAAUCUUUUGUAUGUUACGUGUGGAGAAAGCAGGGAAAUUAGUAGUAAUGACAAUAGUAGUGUAGAAGAUUUUAGUGCAUACAACUUAAGAGAACCAUAUAAUCAGCAGGGUGAGAAUAAUAUGCUAGGAGGAAGAGGAGGGUAUUGGUUUUUCAAUGAAACGCUACCAAGAGAUAACAGGAUGGGGUACAGUAGUUCGUACAAUGUGGAAUUCAAUGAUCCUUAUGACAUAAGAAGAGGAAUGGAGAGAAAUGAUAACAAUGGAAGAGGCAAUAACGAUGGAAGCAGUAAUAACGUAGUUUCCAAUAGAAUGGGUAUUAAUCAACACCACAAUCACAAUAGGGAUACGUACUUUUACAAUUAUCUUCAACAUAGGAAUAUGAGCGGUGAAGGAAACAAUGCCAAUAUAAACAGCUUUAAUGGAUCCAAUGAGAACAGCGAUAAUGAGAAUGGAAAUAAUGAUUUUACAAGUUAUGACUAUGAUGGAGCAAACAAUAAUGGCCAUGCAAAUGAUACGAAUAGAAAUCAGAACAGUGGGAAUCAUGGCAACAGCAAUAAUCAGAACCAUUACAACGAUAACAUGGGUGGGAGAAAUCAUGGUGUCCAGGAGAAUGGAGAAAGUGAGUAUCAGACGAAUGGAUACCACGAUGGAAGAAACCUUUUUUACGACAUAUUCAACAGGGACUCCCGAAUUGAUAAUCAUGUGCAUAACAAUGAUGGAGAAAUAAAUCAGAUGAGCCAAGAAAGCAAUUAUAACAAUAUGUGCUACCAUGAUUGUAAUUUUGUAGGUGUGCGCGAUGAUGAAGUUUCCAUAUGUAGUUUAUUGCAAUCCACUAGCAGUAAUGACAUAUAUGUAAAUGAUUCGAGAAUGCCAAACCCAUUUGUGUAUAAUGCAGAUAAUGAAGGAUGCAAUAAUGGUACCAUUAGAAAUCAUAUGAAUGUAUACAGAAGUGGGCAAUUAUUAGAUUUAGAAACUGGUGGUAACAGUUUUCAGAAUAACCAAAUAGCUUCGACUAGUGUACAGAAUGAUUUAUCGAACAACAGUGAAGGGGCAAAUAGAGAAAUUUUGUUUCAAAAAUCGUAUGAAGAAAUCGAAAGUAGAAAUGGUUUAUCAAAUGAUGGUUCAAAUGAUAGGGAAAGAACAAACAAUAACUCUAGUGCUGUUGCCAAUGUUGCUGAGAACAUAGCGAACGAUGGUCAUCACGAAGAGGAAAACGAUAGUGAUAAUGACGAAGAUUUGAGAAAAUAUAUAAAUAUGCGAGUGGUAGAGGAGCCUAAGAUGAGUGAAAUUAUCAUCCCAUAUAAACAUUUUCUUAGAACUGUUAAUAAUUAUGAGAAGAAGAUGAACAUGAACCCACAGAAGAAAAGUAACAAGAGAAACAUGGAAGUAGUAGAAGAUGCACGCAAUGGUCUAGUCCAUUGGAAUUCUAUGAAUGGAGAAAAAUUGAAUAUAUUGGAUGAGAACAAUAGCAUUGUUGAUAGUAAUAACAUGAGCAGCAGAAUUAACAGGAAUUGCAACAGAACGAGUACUGGCAUAAAGAAAAAGAGAAAUCACUCAGAAACAUUUUCAAACAAUAAUUACACAACCGUUCGAGAGAAAGAAGAAAGAGGAAAUAACAUAAUUGAAAAUGAAGUUUUUAAGUGGAAUUCCAAACAGGAUGAUCUAGAUGAUAACAAUGUGUACACGAAAAAUAUUAACACGCCUGCAGCUCACUCAUGCAUAUUUACCGAAAUUGAAUCUUUUAGAUUAAUGUAUAAUUACAUUAUCAGCUUAGGAUUAAAUUUCAGCGAACAUUCUAUGAUGAAUCGAAGACACAUUUUAGAAGACAAUGAAGAAUUUUUGAAUAUGCUAAACAGUUCUAAUGUGCAAACAAAAGAAAUUAAUUCUUUAAAUAUAUUUCCCACAGAACUGUUACCAGCACAUCUGAAUUCCCUUACUCAAAUUGGAGAAGCAGGAAGAAGAACAGUAGGACGAGAUGAUGUUUAUGAUGCUGGUGAGGAUGAUUCUGUUGUGGAUGAUGCUGGAGCGGAUGAUGUUAAUGAGGAUAAUGAAAGCACGAAAAAAAUUUUAUAUUCCCAAUAUUGCAGUAUUAGUGAUAACAAGAAUUUGUUUUAUUCCUUAAAGAUGAAUAAGUAA